CCCCGGCCCCCCCCGGCCCGCCAUGGCCCGGCUCUCGGUCAAGGAGCACCUGGACGGGAUCCUCUCCGACUUCGAAGCGCUCAAGAAGUCGUUUGAGGCAGAAGAUGGGGACGAGGCCCCGGGCUCAUUGCUGUCCCCAGGCGAGAGCCACCAGCCCCUGCAGCCCGGCCACCCGCCCCGCCUGGGCCCCGUGCCCAGCCCCGUGCUGCGGACCCGCCUCGGCACCGGCCCGGCCACCGGCAGAGCCAACGGCACCGGCGGCACCGGCAUCGCCCGCGCCGCCUCCUUCCAGAGCCGCCAGGCCUCGGCCGCGGGCCCGGGCAGCGACGGGGAGAGCCAGCGCAGCUCCUCCUCCAGCCUGGAGAGCCCCGCGCCCACCGGGCCCCCCCAGCCCCCGGGCAGCCCCCCGGUCUCCAGCCCCGGCCUGAAGAAGGUCCCGUCCCACGGCAGCGUGUUCCCGGCGGAGCUGGACCAUCCCCUCCGCGGGGCCGCCGCCAGCCACGGCUCCCUGCCGGCGCUGGACCUGCACAUCGCCGAGGAGCCGGGCCUGGGGACGCAGCCCUGGGGCACGCAGAGCUCUGCAGCGCAGCCUCGCACCCAGCAGCCUUCCUCCUCAUCCUCCUCCUCCGCGCUGCCCCCGUACGAUGGCACAGAGACGGCCCCGGGGCUGCCCCCGGCUCCCCGCGCGGUGUCCCAGCCCCAGCGCAGGGUCCCCCUCAGCCCCAGCCCGUCCCGCCGAGCCCCUGCCCAGCCCUGGGCACCGGGGGAUGCGGCUGAGGGCAGGGCAGGGGCGCUGCCAGCGCUGCCAGCCCCCCAGGCCGCCACCUUCAGGCUGGUGUCGCAGCCUCAGACGGUGCAGGUGAGCUCCCAGCCCGCCUUCCCGGGGGCGCUGGUGCUGCUGCCGGCCCCGGGCCCCCUCCCUAGCGCCGGGCAGGCGGCACCGCGGGGACCCCGCGUGGUGGCAGCGGCUCCCGGCGAGCCUGCGGACGGCGGCGGGGCAGCGGCGACGCCGGAGCACGGGAGCAGCCUGGAGCCCGAGGAGCGCAGCAUGGAGCCGCCGGCCGUGCCGGAGCAGGAGGAGGAGGAGGAGGAGGAGGAGGAGGGGGCGGUGCCCCUCUCCAUGGCGCCCGGCCCCGUGGGCUGCCAGCUCUUCGGAUACGUGGGAAUCGAAGCCGUGCUCGACCAGAUGAAAAUCAAAACCAUGAAGACAGGCUUUGAGUUCAACAUCAUGGUUGUGGGGCAGAGCGGGCUGGGGAAGUCCACGAUGGUGAACACCCUCUUCAAGUCCAAGGUGAGCCGCAAGUCCUCGCAGCCCGGCCAGGAGGAACGCAUUCCCAAAACUGUGCAGCUGCAGUCCAUCACCCACAUCAUCCAGGAGAAGGGGGUGAAGAUGAAGCUGACGGUGACCGACACGCCAGGCUUUGGGGACCAGAUCAACAAUGACAACUGCUGGGACCCCAUCAUCAAAUACAUCAACGAGCAGUACGAGAGGUACCUGCGGGAGGAGAUCCUCAUCACCCGCAAGAGGAAGAUCCCGGACACCCGAGUCCAUGGAUGUGUCUACUUUGUGCCCCCCACAGGUCACUGGCUGCGCCCGCUGGACCUGGAGUUCAUGCGGCGGCUCAGCAAGAUCGUCAACGUGGUGCCGGUGAUCGCCAAGGCCGACACGCUCACCCUGGAGGAACGGGCAGAAUUCAAGCAGAGGAUCCAGGAGGACCUGAGGACCCACGCCAUCAGCGUGUACCCGCAGGAGGACUUCGACCAGGACCCCGAGGACAGGGCACUGAACAACAGGAUUCGUGAGAAGAUUCCCUUCGCCGUGGUGGGGGCAGACCAGGAGCACCAGGUGAAUGGCAAGCGGGUGCUGGGCCGCAAGACCAAGUGGGGCAUCAUCGAAGUGGAGAACCCGGCCCACUGCGAGUUCCCCCUGCUGCAGGACCUGCUGAUCCGGUCACACCUGCAGGACCUGAAGGACAUCACCCACAACGUCCACUACGAGAGUUACCGCGUGCGGCGGCUGAACGAGAGCAACCGGCCGGGGCUGGGCCCCCUCAACGGGCUGCCCGCCAAGGGCGAGGCCAGCAGCCACCUCUGAGCCACCCUGUGCCCCCAGAGCACCGCUGCACCCAUGGCAGUGCCCACCCCUGCCCACCAUGGCUGUGCCAGGAACCUGCCUGGGGUGAAGAGCCCCCCCAGGAGUGCCCACCUGCCCUGACAUGGGUCCCUCAUCCCCAAGCUCUGCCACGGGCACAGACCCCCGGACCCUGUGUGACAUUAAAGGUUAAUCCAGAGCCUUCA